AUGUCUAGCCUUCGAUUCCUCGACCUGGUCAAGCCCUUCGUGCCGUUCCUCCCCGAGGUUCAGCAGCCCGAGACCAAGGUUCCCUUCAACCAAAAGUUGAUGUGGACAGGUCUUACCCUCCUGAUCUUCUUGGUCAUGAGCCAGAUGCCCCUGUACGGCAUCGUCUCCUCAGACACCUCCGACCCGCUAUAUUGGCUCCGUAUGAUGAUGGCGAGUAACCGUGGAACUCUGAUGGAACUUGGUAUCACUCCCAUUGUCUCGUCCGGCAUGGUCUUCCAGCUUCUGGCUGGUACCCACCUGAUCGACGUCAACCUCGACCUCAAGUCGGACCGCGAGCUCUACCAGACCGCCCAGAAGCUGUUCGCCUUCAUCCUGUCCGCUGGUACCGCAACUGUCUACGUCUUCACUGGACUCUACGGUCCUCCCUCCGACCUUGGCGCCGGCAUCGUCGUUCUGCUGAUUCUCCAGCUCUUCAUCGCCGGUAUGAUCGUCAUCCUCCUCGAUGAGCUUCUGCAGAAGGGCUACGGUCUCGGCAGCGGUAUCUCUCUCUUCAUCGCGACCAACAUCUGCGAGUCUAUCAUGUGGAAGGCCUUUUCCCCGACCAGCAUCAACACUGGCCGUGGUCCUGAGUAUGAGGGCGCUGUCAUCGCUCUCUUCCACCUGCUCAUGACAUGGCCCAACAAGCAGCGCGCUCUGCAGGAGGCUUUCUACAGGCAGAACCUGCCCAACAUCAUGAACCUUCUGGCCACCCUUGUUGUCUUCGCCGCUGUCAUCUACCUCCAGGGUUUCCGUGUCGAGAUUCCUGUGAAGUCCUCCCGCCAGCGUGGUGCUCGUGGAUCUUACCCCGUGCGACUGUUCUACACAUCCAACAUGCCCAUCAUGCUGCAGUCGGCCCUGUCGUCCAACGUCUUCCUCAUCUCCCAGAUGCUGGCAACUCGUUUCGGCGAGAACCUCCUCGUCCGUCUGUUCGGCGUGUGGGAGGCUAAGGAGGGUUCUGGCCAACUGUCCCCUGUGUCCGGUCUCGUCUACUACAUGUCUCCGCCAUUGAACAUGAAGGAUGCCCUGAUCGACCCAAUCCACACCCUCGUCUACAUCGCCUACAUGCUCACUGCCUGUGCUAUUUUCUCCAAGACCUGGAUCGAGGUUUCUGGCUCGAGCCCCCGCGACGUCGCCAAGCAGCUGAAGGACCAGGGUCUGGUUAUGGCCGGUCACCGUGACCAGAGCAUGUACAAGGAGCUCAAGCGCAUCAUUCCCACUGCCGCUGCCUUUGGCGGCGCUUGCAUCGGAGCCCUCUCCGUUGCUAGCGAUUUGAUGGGCGCGCUUGGAUCCGGAACCGGAACCCUGCUUGCUGUCACCUACUUCGAAAUCGCAGCCAAGGAAGGCGACAUGUCUAGCAUGAAGGGCAUGAUCAUGGGCUAA